AUUCAACAGAGCUGCGUAGAGUCACAGGGCGAGCGGCGAGGACAGGGCGUUCGGCUGGUGAGGCGAGGCAGCGCUUUGGUGGUGGGGAGAAAAAAAAGCGAGAAGGAAGAAGCAGCAGCAGCAGCCGCCUCGCGACCGAGCCGCUCCAUCUCUCUCUCUCUCUUUCUUUGCCGCCGCGUUUACGGAACGCUGUGGGGCUCCUUCCCCAGCUGUGAGUGGGCGUGCGAGGCUGAGGAAAAAGGGGGUGAUGCGUGUCCCGCUGGCGGCCAUCUCCACCGAAGCCGCAGCCUCCACGGCCGCAGCCGCUGCCUCCACGGGAGCUUAAGAGAGACGCGCUCGAGCGGAAUCUUCCGCCCUCGCCUCCUUGACCGGAGAGCCUUUAAAGUAACGGGAUCUGUCCCGACAUGAGCCGCGAAGCCGACUUCGCUCGUUCCUGAACCACCCGGCGACGCUCUUCCACCUGACGAGGCGACCCCCCACCGCUCGCUCGCUUGCCCGCCCGCCACCCAUCCAUCCAGCCACCCACCCCGGCGAAUCCGUCCGACUGUCGGAGAUGGGGGUGAACUCGGUGCACUGGUUCCGCAAGGGGCUUCGACUCCACGACAACCCAGCGCUGAGGGAAGUCAUCGAGGGGGCCGACACGGUGCGCUGCGUCUACAUCCUGGACCCCUGGUUCGCGGGAUCCUCCAACGUCGGAAUCAACCGGUGGAGAUUUCUCCUUCAAUGUCUUGAGGACUUAGAUGCCAACUUACGAAAACUAAACUCUCGUUUAUUUGUGAUUAGAGGACAGCCGGCAGAUGUAUUUCCCAGGCUUUUCAAGGAAUGGAAUAUUUCAAAACUUUCUAUUGAAUAUGACUCUGAACCAUUUGGAAAGGAGAGAGAUGCAGCAAUUAAGAAAUUGGCCACUGAAGCAGGAUUGGAAGUCAUUGUACGGAUAUCGCAUACCUUAUAUGACUUAGACAAAAUUAUAGAAUUAAAUGGAGGCCAGCCACCUCUUACUUAUAAGAGAUUCCAAACUCUAAUAAGUAGAAUGGAACCAUUGGAGAUGCCUGUGGAAACUAUCACUGCAGAAGCCAUGUCAAAAUGUGCCACCCCAGUUUCUGACGAUCAUGAUGAGAAAUACGGAGUUCCAUCACUUGAAGAACUAGGUUUUGAUACAGAUGGAUUACCUUCCGCCGUUUGGCCAGGAGGAGAAACAGAAGCACUCACGAGAUUGGAAAGACAUUUGGAAAGAAAGGCUUGGGUUGCAAACUUUGAACGACCUCGAAUGAAUGCAAAUUCCCUUCUUGCAAGUCCAACAGGACUUAGUCCUUAUCUGCGUUUUGGCUGUUUAUCUUGCCGUCUAUUUUACUUCAAAUUAACAGAUUUGUACAAAAAGGUGAAGAAAAACAGCUCUCCUCCUCUUUCCCUCUAUGGCCAGUUGUUGUGGCGUGAAUUCUUUUACACAGCAGCAACUAAUAAUCCACGAUUUGAUAAAAUGGAAGGCAACCCCAUAUGUGUGCAGAUUCCUUGGGACAAAAAUCCGGAGGCUUUGGCCAAGUGGGCAGAGGGUCGGACAGGGUUCCCUUGGAUUGAUGCUAUUAUGACCCAGCUGCGUCAGGAAGGCUGGAUUCAUCAUCUUGCCAGACAUGCUGUGGCAUGCUUCUUAACACGGGGUGAUCUGUGGAUUAGCUGGGAGGAAGGAAUGAAGGUAUUUGAAGAAUUGCUUCUUGACGCAGACUGGAGUGUGAAUGCAGGCAGUUGGAUGUGGCUGUCUUGUAGCUCAUUUUUCCAGCAAUUUUUCCACUGUUACUGUCCUGUGGGUUUUGGCAGGAGAACUGAUCCUAAUGGGGACUACAUCAGACGUUAUCUACCUAUACUCAGAGGUUUUCCUGCAAAGUAUAUAUAUGAUCCUUGGAAUGCCCCUGAGGGAGUCCAGAAAGCUGCAAAAUGUAUAAUAGGAGUAAAUUACCCCAAGCCGAUGGUAAAUCAUGCUGAGGCGAGUCGACUGAAUAUUGAAAGGAUGAAACAAAUCUACCAACAAUUAUCCCGAUACAGAGGAUUGGGUCUCCUUGCUUCAGUGCCUUCUAAUGGAAAUGGAAACGGAAAUGGAAAUGGAAAUGGUGGCCUAAUGGGAUAUUCUUCAAGCGAAAAUCUCCCUGGUUGUGUUGGUACAAGUGGCACUCAAAUGGGAACCAGUGAAGGACAUACAGGGAAUGUUCAAUCAUGUACCCAUGGAGAGACUCAUAAAGGAACAAGUGGAAUUCACCAGCAAGGUUACGCUCAAGGAAACAGCGGAAUUUUACAUUAUGCUCAUGGGGACAGUAAAAAAACACACUUAGUGCAACAAGGAAGAACAUCAUUUAACAUUGGAGUGUGCACUGGGAAGCGGCCAAAUCCAGAAGAAGGAAUUCAAAGUAUUGGUCCAAAAGUCCAGCGACAGAGCAGUAAUUAAUGGGUAAAACUGAAUAGUGAAGAAAAUGAUUGAUAAACUACAUUCUAGUCUCACAAAGAGGAAACUAAGCGUGCCUGCUGCAUAUUUCGGGAGCAUAACUUUCUUGGAAGAAGUGGACCAAACACCAUUGCAUCUAAAAUCCUAUUUGGCGGUGGCCAAGAACUCCCUGUCAUUAAUUUCAUACUUUGAGCAGUCAUAAUAUUAUCCUGAGUGUAUUGUCAUUUAAUUACACUUAGUUUCUAUUUUUCCAUUAAAUUGUGAAUUAAUGUGGUUUUAUUUCUUUGAAUUUGCUGAGAGAUAAAAUAUUCACUUGAAA